CCAAGAAUCUGUCCUUUAACGAACCCCAAAAGCUCUGACCCUCCGCCGUCAGCAGCCAUCCUUGAUUAAUUAUUUAACUAAUCAAUUAUUAACAGUACCACCCUCUUUUAUAUAUUUCAACCCUUCCGCCCUUCAUUUCCAUUGAUUCUCCUGCGCACUACUCUAUAUCCUAUCACUCCUCCUAGGCCUCGUUUUUUCUGAUUGUUUGAUCCGAUCCAUGGCUCAUUCUGCUCUCUCUCAGGUCCCAGUCGCGGUCUCCGUUAAUAACGAUGUUUCUCUCCGCAAAUCCGUUUUCAAGAGCACUCAUGUCGGUUUUCGUGAAAAAUCGCGGACCUCUAGUCUAUCUCUGGACUUCAGAGUUGCAAGCUCUCAGUCCAGAAAUCGGCCCGUGCUUUGCAUGUCUGUGCAACAAGCCAGCAAGCCUAAGGUGGCCGUUUCACCCUUGAGCUUGGAAGAUGCAAAAGAGCCACCUAUGCACUUGUUCAAGAACAAGGAACCGUACACCGGGACCAUUGUGUCUGUUGAAAGGCUCGUUGGCCAAAAUGCUCCUGGAGAGACGUGUCACAUUGUCAUCGACCAUGGUGGCAAAGUUCCCUACUGGGAAGGACAGAGUUACGGAAUCAUCCCUCCUGGUGAGAAUCCUAAAAAGCCUGGUAAUCCACACAAUGUACGGCUGUAUUCCAUAGCAUCCACCAGAUAUGGUGACUCCUUUGAUGGCAAGACAGCGAGUUUGUGUGUUCGACGUGCAGUCUAUUACGAUCCUGAGACUGGGAAGGAAGAUCCCUCAAAGAAUGGAGUGUGCAGCAACUUUUUGUGUGAUUCAAAGCCUGGCGACAAGGUUCAGAUCACGGGGCCUUCUGGUAAGAUAAUGCUCCUCCCUGAAGACAACCCAAACGCCACCCACAUCAUGAUUGCCACCGGCACUGGUGUUGCGCCUUACAGGGGCUACCUCCGGCGCAUGUUAAUGGAGAAUGUCCCCACAUUCAAGUUCGGCGGGCUAGCCUGGCUCUUCCUAGGAGUAGCCAACACCGACAGCCUUCUAUACGACGAUGAGUUCUCCAAGUAUCUCGAGGACUAUCCCGACAACUUCAGAUUUGACCGUGCCCUCAGCAGAGAACAAAAGAACAAAAACGGGGGGAAGAUGUACGUCCAGGACAAAAUCGAGGAGUACAGCGAUGAGGUCUUCAAACUGUUGGACAACGGGGCACACAUCUAUUUCUGCGGGCUGAAAGGGAUGAUGCCAGGGAUACAGGAGACCUUGAAGAAGGUGGCGGAGCAACGGGGUGAGAGCUGGGAGGAGAAGCUCUCACAGCUCAAGAAGAACAAGCAAUGGCAUGUUGAAGUGUAUUGAGCAAUGAGAAAGGUUUAUCCCUUAUUUAGAUAAUCCUUCCUUUUUAUGGAAUGGUUGUUUUUCCAUUCUUGAAGGUGAAACAUAUGUUGAGUUUUAAGAGAAUUGUUUGUAGCAUUUUACUGAUGGAGAAUGCAUUACUGGGUACUUGUUUCAA